UGAGGAGGAGGAACACAAGAUGCGGAAGUGAAGUUGCAGUUUGAUAAGUAAAGUAUACAAGAGCGAUAAGACUGGUUUGUUUUAUGAUAUAACAACAGAUAAUUAUGACAGAAAAACUCGUGCAAUCUGGGCGAAAGAGGGACGGGUUGUUGGUGGACUUUGAUACCUCUCCCAGCAUUGGAGUAGGAGAUACUAGUACUGAUGUCGCUUAUGAGACGGGUGGCAAAAACUUGAAGAAGGCAGCCGCAGGCCCUGCCCAGAGAAAAGGCAAAGGAAUGGAUACACGAUUCAUGGAAGAUAUCAAAGAAGUGGCGCCUUGUUUUGACGAUAAACUGUGUGGUUAUUUAAAUAAGGGAUCACGGGGACCUGGCAAAGGUCACAAAACGCGUUGGUUUGUUUACAGUGAAGAUGCAUGUAAACUUUAUUACUAUCGCACCCCGCAGGACAUUCUUCCGUUAGGAGAGAUAGAUGUCUCUGCUGCAUCUUUCUCGAUGAACGCAGAUCCUCAAAAGCCUGCAGUGUUUCAGAUUAGCACACCACAUAAAACAUAUGACAUAGGAGCCCAAGACAAACAGACAAUGCUCUAUUGGUUACAGGAACUCCAGAAAAAGAGAAGGGAGUUUAGCAAGAAAAAGACACUUCAAAUUCAUAAGUCCAAUCGCAGUCAGACCAGUGAGGCCGGAGAAGACCAGGAUGUGCCUGCCAUACUAAGCCCAGUAGACAUUCCUGUUGGGAAGGUUGGUGAGCACAGUUACAUGGGUGGUGAUUCCAACACUGGCUUCACAAACUGGUCGAUCAGGAAUCUCAAGACAGAAAUUAUGAACAGUAUGGCAUCUCUGAAGACUCGAAGGCUUUCAAAUAUGCAAGACUCGGGCACAAGCCCCAUGCAUUCCCCUAGCACAGAACAAUCAGCAGUGGCCAUAGGGGAUGAAGCUGCUGCUUCACAGCUAAAACCACCUCAACAAAAGAUGAAUAAAAGUGCAAGCUUGAAGAGAAUGUUUGCACCCCGUCCAACUAGUAAAUUUUGGACAAAUGCCACUGAUGAUGUUGUAUGUGGAGAAAUUUCUGAACCUAAGAUUGUGAGUCAAGAAGUCACUUGCCAAAAAUGCAAGCAGCUUCAACAGUAUGUUGUCCACCUGAAAGAUGAAGUUCAGACUGUGGAAGAGGAACUUGUAGCAAACAGAGAACUUGUUAAACUUAUGCAAAAACAAAUGGUCUCCCUUACAAAAAGUGAAGCCUCAAGAGAGGCUGUCAUGAUAGCCAAGACAGAUGCAGAUAUGUUUAACAUCAUUAAAGAAAAGGAUAAACAACUUGUAGACCUAGAAUACUUACUUGAAGCAACUCAUGAAGAGAAAGCAUUAACAACAGACCGAAUGAGGUCUCUGGUUUGUGAAGUCCAAAGCCUAAAAGAUAAAAUAACAGUUUGUGAAGAAAUGAUAAUGGCCAAAGACCAAGUUGUGAUGGCCCUCACUGAUCAGAUUUAUGAGCUGGAAGGUCAGUUACAGAAGAAUACAAAACCUCCUGCAACAAAUAGCAGCACCAAUACAACUCUGCAGAGAAUGCCUCAUGCUCAGGAGUUGGAUGAGCUUAAGGACAAAUGUGCAGCUUUUGAAAUCCAGAAUAGAUUUCUUAAUAAAGAAAUCCUAGAGCUCAACCAAUUGAGGAAAGACGUCAAUGAGAGAGAGAACUCUUGGAAUGCGAAAUGCACAGAACUGGAGGCUAAAUACUUUCAACUGGAAAGCAAAUUUUUCAUUCUCCUCAAUGAAAUGAAAGGACCAAGGAAAGAUGAAGAUCAGAGUCAAGAACUAGUAAAUAGACUACUGGAGGAUGCCAUGGAGUCAGAAGUGGUGGAGCGAGUAGAGAGAUCUUAUACUGCAUCAGGAAACUACCAUUCAGACUGUGAUAGAUUUGGUUUCUACAAACAGCCACUGUCUCAGGUAGAUGAGGAAGACUUUUUGGUCAGUCAUGCCAAACUGUUACAACAGAAAUCAGACCAGCUGGCUGACAAGGCAAAGGAAGAAGAAAAUCACAUCUCCAAGAAUGUAAAAUGGGAGAACUUUGUGGUUGCUUUAGAGAAAUCCAGAGACCCUCGUCGUGCCUCAGAACUGAAGUCAUUGGUUAGAGGAGGAAUACCACCACAGUUCAGAGAGAAAGUUUGGAGAAUCUGCAUAGGUUUUAGAAUCAGCAAACUGAGAGACAGACUGGGCUGUGGAUACUACCAAAAUCUUCUCUCUUCUAAAGUGAAAACUAGUAACAAUAGGGCAAAUCCUGCUGCUAAACAGAUUGAAUUAGAUCUCCUCAGAACAUUACCAAACAACAAGCAUUAUGAGAGCCUAAAUUCUGACGGCAUUCCCAAGCUACGUCGUGUACUUCUUGCUUACAGUAGACACAACCCAUGUGUUGGAUAUUGCCAGGGUAUGAACAGACUGGCAGCAUGGGCCAUGCUCUUUCUUCCAGAGGAAGAGGCAUUUUGGUGUUUAGUUGGGAUUAUGGAUUAUAUCAUGCCUCCAGAUUAUUUUGGAAAAACUAUGAUGGCAGCACAGGCUGAUCAAAGGGUUGUUAAGGAUUUGAUAGCAGAAAAACUCCCCAGAAUCAAUGCACACUUUGAAAAAAAUGAGCUUGACAUUUCCUUAUUCACAUUUAAUUGGUUUUUGACCCUUUUUGUUGACAAUGUUCCCCCAGAAACCACCCUGAGGAUAUGGGACAGUUUUCUAUUAGAGGGAAACAAGGUGCUGUUCCGCUUCUGUCUGGCUUUUCUCAAGUUUAAAGAAGAAGACAUUUUGAAGCAAAGGGAUAUGAUUUCUUUAAAUAAUUAUUUGAGGACUUUGGGUGAAAAAAUUUUUGACGUUGGGAGAUUAUCCCAGAUAGCAUUCACAGAAUUGAAUCCAUUCCCUAUGAAAUUUGUCAAGCAAAGAAGAGCUUUCCAUCUUCCACAAGUUCAGCUUGAACUUGAGGAACUGGAUGCCUUGAGAGGUGAAAUUCGUGAAAAGAAAGAUCAAACAGAUCUUAUGGAGUUCUCAAGUGAUGAUGAUCUGUAGUGGACAGUCUUCAACAUGAGAUGGAAAAAAAUUACACAACACAAUCACAAGAAUUUAGUGUAUUGACAAUUUUACAAUCAACAUGGGGAACAGCAGUCAUUUUAUGUGGCUAAGGACUAUAGUUAAUGAUAAAACAAUGCAAUCACAGCUGCACAGACUUCAAGCAAACUAGAACAAUCAAUUUAAAGUGAUAGCAUUGAUUUCCAAAUAUCGGUCUGAUCUGAUAUUCAUUUAUGUGUCCUAAUAAUACCCACGGCCUUCUCAAUAGGACUAUAUUUCACACCAAAGUGACAAUCUUAUUAAAGUGCUCCUCCCAGAUACUGAAAAAGAAUGCACUAGGGAACACUAUCAUUAAACUGCUGUAAAUCGGCCACAAAUAAACAGACAACAAUUAUCAAACCUGAACUUUGAAUACAUGGUUGGGAGUUGUUAAGAGAAAAUGGCAACAGAUAUGGUCUUUCAAAGUGCCAAUUUUUCAUUACUCAGUAAGAAGUUCUGUUGUAACAGUAUGAAGUUGUGAUUUAACAUAUCAUCAUGUGCAUACCAGAACACCCGUUUGUGCCUGCAGCAGCAUUUUCAAGCUUUUUAAGUUUUAAAAAAGGAAAUGUACACAAGGCUUCAUAAAUAUAGUUAACUUUUUUUAUUUAGAAACCUCAAGUAUAACAACAAAUAAUAAAACAAAAAUAAUA